GGCGCGCGCGCUCCCUCCUCUCGGAGAGAGGGCUGUGGUAAAAGCCGUCCGGAAAAUGGCCGCCGCCGCCGCCGCCGCGCCGAGCGGAGGAGGAGGAGGAGGCGAGGAGGAGAGACUGCUCCAUAAAAAUACAGACUCACCAGUUCCUGCUUUGAUGUGACAUGUGACUCCCCAGAAUACACCUUGCUUCUGUAGACCAGCUCCAACAGGAUUCCAUGGUAGCUGGGAUGUUAGGGCUCAGGACCCAGGAGGGAGAAGCAGCUGCCAGGGGAAGUCUCUUCGUAGGCGGAGGUCAGGAGUCCAAGAGGAGUGAGCAGAGUCACAGAAGCCUCUUAAAGCCUCUUCUUCCCCCAUCCCAUCAACACAUCUGCUGCCCAAGAACUCCUUUGUGAUUGAAUUUAACCAGAGUUGAUUUCUGUUGCUUGAAACUCAGGACCUUGAUGCAGUGUGCAGGGUCUGGGCAAGUCACCACUAAUGAACAAAGACUAUGAACAGGAAAUUCAUAAAAGAAGAGAUACAGAUGGCCAAUGAAGAUAGGAAAAGAGUUCUGCCUGCUGGUAAUCAAAGAGAUGCAAACGAAAACAAAAAUGAUGCCUUUUCACCUACCAAAUUUGUCAAGAUUAAAAAGAAAGCAAAGAGCCAGCGUCAGCUGAUGUUCAUACCUGCACCUGCUCGGUAGCUUGCUAAUGUUCUGCCUGCUCCACACGCCAGGCCAGCCUCCACGGCGCAGCCAGGGAAGAAAAGUCAGAAGACCAGGACCUCCAGGGCCUCAAGGACAAACCCCUCAAGUUUAAAAAGGUGAAGAAAGAUAAGAAAGAAGAGAAAGAGGGCAAGCAUGAGCCCGUGCAGCCAUCAGCCCACCACUCUGCUGAGCCCGCAGAGGCAGGCAAAGCAGAGACAUCAGAAGGGUCGGGCUCCGCCCCGGCUGUGCCGGAAGCUUCUGCCUCCCCCAAACAGCGGCGCUCCAUCAUCCGUGACCGGGGACCCAUGUAUGAUGACCCCACCCUGCCUGAAGGCUGGACACGGAAGCUUAAGCAAAGGAAAUCUGGCCGCUCUGCUGGGAAGUAUGAUGUGUAUUUGAUCAAUCCCCAGGGAAAAGCCUUUCGCUCUAAAGUGGAGUUGAUUGCGUACUUCGAAAAGGUAGGCGACACAUCCCUGGACCCUAAUGAUUUUGACUUCACGGUAACUGGGAGAGGGAGCCCCUCCCGGCGAGAGCAGAAACCACCUAAGAAGCCCAAAUCUCCCAAAGCUCCAGGAACUGGCAGAGGCCGGGGACGCCCCAAAGGGAGCGGCACCACGAGACCCAAGGCGGCCACGUCAGAGGGUGUGCAGGUGAAAAGGGUCCUGGAGAAAAGUCCUGGGAAGCUCCUUGUCAAGAUGCCUUUUCAAACUUCGCCAGGGGGCAAGGCUGAGGGGGGUGGGGCCACCACAUCCACCCAGGUCAUGGUGAUCAAACGCCCCGGCAGGAAGCGAAAAGCUGAGGCCGACCCUCAGGCCAUUCCCAAGAAACGGGGCCGAAAGCCGGGGAGUGUGGUGGCAGCCGCUGCCGCCGAGGCCAAAAAGAAAGCCGUGAAGGAGUCUUCUAUCCGAUCUGUGCAGGAGACCGUACUUCCCAUCAAGAAGCGCAAGACCCGGGAGACGGUCAGCAUCGAGGUCAAGGAAGUGGUGAAGCCCCUGCUGGUGUCCACCCUCGGUGAGAAGAGCGGGAAAGGACUGAAGACCUGUAAGAGCCCUGGGCGGAAAAGCAAGGAGAGCAGCCCCAAGGGGCGCAGCAGCAGCGCCUCCUCGCCCCCCAAGAAGGAGCACCACCACCAUCACCACCACUCAGAGUCCCCAAAGGCUCCCGUGCCACUGCUCCCACCCCUGCCCCCACCUCCACCUGAGCCCGAGAGCUCCGAGGACCCCACCAGCCCCCCUGAGCCCCAGGACUUGAGCAGCAGCGUCUGCAAAGAGGAGAAGAUGCCCAGAGGAGGCUCACUGGAGAGCGACGGCUGCCCCAAGGAGCCAGCUAAGACUCAGCCCGCGGUUGCCACCGCCGCCACGGCCGCAGAAAAGUACAAACACCGAGGGGAGGGAGAGCGCAAAGACAUUGUUUCAUCCUCCAUGCCAAGGCCAAACAGAGAGGAGCCUGUGGACAGCCGGACGCCCGUGACCGAGAGAGUUAGCUGACUUUACACAGAGCGGAUUGCAAAGCAAACCAACAAGAAUAAAGGCAGCUGUUGUCUCUUCUCCUUAUGGGUAGGGCUCUGACAAAGCUUCCCGAUUAACUGAAAUAAAAAAUAUUUUUUUUUCUUUCAGUAAA